AUGGAGCCUGACCGUAUCGGACCCGACACCACGCCCAAACGUCCUUUCAUGGACAGGGCCAAGGAUGUCCCACGCCGUAUUGUUCGAGGGCUUACCACAAGGGACGGUCUCAUCGGUGACUACGACUAUGCAUUCCUUUUCAAACCGAGCCUGCCGUUUAUGAAGAAAUCGAAGCAAAUGGCGCCAUUCUUCGCCUUGAACGACAAGAUGCCCAUCAUGCUGGCUCUCCUCCUUGGAUUUCAGCAUGCCCUGUCCAUGUUGGCUGGCCUGAUUACUCCACCUAUCAUCCUGUCGGGAACUGGCGGCGCAAACCUGCCAACCGAGACCGCACAGUACCUUGUAUCAACGUCAUUGAUUGUCUGUGGUAUUCUCUCCUCGAUCCAGAUCACACGAUUUCACAUCUUCAAGACCCCUUACUUUAUCGGCACUGGCAUCAUCAGUGUGGUCGGUACCUCAUUUGCUACUAUCCCAGUUGCGCUGGGAGGUUUGGCCCAGAUGUACGAGUCAGGUUACUGUCCUACCGACAGUGACGGGAAUCGUCUUGCAUGCCCAAGAGGCUACGGUGCCAUCCUUGGAACAGCUUGCAUCUGUGCCCUCCUCGAAAUCUGCCUUUCAUUUGCACCUGCCAAGGUGCUGAAGAGGGCUUUCCCUCCACUUGUGACGGGACCUACUGUGGUUCUCAUUGGUAUCAAAUUGAUCGAAUCUGGCUUUGCGAACUGGGCCGGAGGCUCCGGUACCUGCAGAUCACGGCCAGAAGAAGGCCUCUUUCAGAACUGUCCUAAUAACAAUGCGCCGCACCCCUUACCUUGGGGCUCAGCGGAAUUCAUUGGUUUGGGGUUCAGCGUCUUUGUCACCAUUAUACUGUGCGAAAGAUUCGGCAGUCCGAUCAUGAAAUCAUGCGCCGUCGUCGUCGGUCUGCUUGUUGGAUGCAUCAUUGCUGCAGCUACGAACUAUUUUGACGACUCUGGGAUUAAGAGCGCGAAGGCUGCGUCCUUCAUCUGGGUCGAGACCUUCCCGUUGUCACUUUACGGUCCUAUGGUGUUACCAUUCUUAGCAGUAUUUCUCGUACUCAUGAUGGAAGCCAUAGGAGAUAUCACUGCCAGUUGCGAUGUGUCUCGCCUUGAAGUCGAAGGGCCGCUCUUCGAUUCUCGUAUCCAAGGUGGUGUCCUCGCCGACGGAUUGAAUGGAAUGCUCGCCUGCCUUUGCACCAUCACACCAAUGUCAACUUUUGCUCAGAACAACGGAGUCAUCGCCCUCACGCGGUGUGCCAACAGGAAAUCCGGAUACUGCUGUUGCUUCUGGCUUAUUGUCAUGGGCAUUUUCUCGAAGUUUGCUGCUGCUCUCGUGGCCAUUCCGUCGUCGGUCCUCGGCGGCAUGACUACGUUCCUAUUCUCUGCGGUCGCCAUCUCCGGUGUUCGUAUCAUCUCGACUGUACCUUUCACAAGACGCAACCGAUUCAUCCUGACAGCAGCCAUGUCGGUGGGUUUUGGCGCCACAUUGGUCCCUGAAUGGUUCAAUUAUGUCUUCACCUACGAAGGUGACAAUUCCGCUCUGCGAGGCUUCAUGAACGCCAUAGAACUCGUCUGUGAGACCGGCUUUGCUGUCACUGCAUUCUUGUCUCUGUUCCUGAACCUAUUCAUACCGGAAGAGGUUGAUGACGACGUCGUCGAUACCACGGCAAAUCGAGUGGACGCAGCAGAUGACAGCAAGGAAUGGGAACGCAUCCGAGGCCCGGGCCACGCAAAGUCUCUACGUCAGAGCGACGACCACACGUCAGCCAGUCCUGACGUCGAAUCGAAUCUAGGGCUGCAGCAGGGCCGAGUCGACAAGAUGCAAACCAGCAAAGAUGAGUAG